AUGGUGUGGCGAGAUGAUCAGAGAGCGAUGGGAUUCGCCUUCUCGGAACAAUUCAGCCCAUGUCUAAACGAGGCUCUCAUCCAGGACAUUGUCUACGUGGCCGGUUGUUUCCUCGUCUUAUUCUUUGUCUCAUUUCAACUCUUCUCCAUUCGUUAUCUCUAUUUGCAUAAAGCUCAUUUUGCGGCUUAUUUGCGUCACAGUUGCACAGUGAUCAGUGUUACGUGCAUCGGUAUCCUUUUCCUUAAUAUGACCGCCGUCAAAACUUCUUUAUACAAUUUUGAAUCAAAUUUAUUGCAUAAACUUCGAAUUUGGUUGACUAGUUUAAGAUAUUUGGAAACGAUUCAAAUCUCACUUCUUUGCUAUCUCGUGAUGGUGAAUAUGUCGACGGUUGUGUUGAUCAGUUUUGUGCGAUUGUUGGCAAGAAUGCGGCCGGAGAAAGAAGAGAAAGUUGCCCGAAUGAGUUUCCUCACCGUUUACACUCCGAUUUUCGCUCUUCCUUUAUUAUUUUAUGUCUUUGUCGCUAUCAUUUUUGCUCUUUCAUCGUGUUGGAAAGAAAGAAUUGAGAAGACGAAAUCGACGAAAAGCUCGACUGAAUUGCUUACUGCGAACGAUCGCUUUCGCCUUUUAAUGGGUCAAUUCACAAUAUCGUUGACCUAUUUCGCGUUUCUUCUGAUGAACCCGGAUUUUAUGUGCUCGGUGCAAACGCCGAUUAUUGGUCUUUCCAUUGAUCUUUAUGGAAUGCUGAUCCCGAUUCUCUGCAUCAAUUUCACAGCUAAAUCCACCGGACCGUCCGACUCGUGGAUCGUGAUAUUU